AUGCCGACGGACAACACGUCCACCGGACAGCAGCCUGAACAAGCUGUUCCGGUGUCUUCUGCGCCUUCACUGGAAAAGGUGAGCUUAGUGGAGGAACAGCAGCAGCAGCAGCAACCCACGACGAUGCCUUCGGAGAAGCCGACCGGAAGUGGUCGGGAAUGCGAGCCAAAAAUCGAACACGUCACGACCACUCCGGUGGAAAUGGAGAAGACAGGCGGCCCAUCGCCAACGGCAAUUGGCGAAAUCCAUGCGAACGGUGAUCCGUUAGCCGUGUCGGAGGAGACACCAGAAAUAAGUACCACUUCGGAUGAGUCGGAAAAGUUGUCCGAAGCAAGCGAAGGAAAGCGUGCGGAGGAGGUUGUUGCAGCGGAAAAUACCGGCACAGAUCCGUUGGGUGUCGGUACGAAGGGAUGUUCCGGGAGUCCUCCAACGUCCUACGAACAAACACCCACAGCUUGCGAGAGUCAUCUGCCGAAAACGGAGGCGUCCAAAGUGCAGAACGAUGGCAAGGAAAUGGAGUUAUCGGAGGCAACGCCAACGUCGACAUCUUCCCCUGGUGAAGCUCCUGCAACGAGUAGCAGCGUUACGAACGAAGAGCAAUCCUCGCCAAGAAGGUGUUCUUCCAGUCGUACUCCACCACCAAUAGUGGAGUCUUCUACGGCAACACCGGAGAAGGGAAAUCCGAUGGCGGAUGGAGUGACCAGAGUUGACAGCAGCAGUAGAGUGGAAGAACCUACUGAGAACAGCGCGGACAACGUGAAAGGGCCUAGCAGUAACGGUAGCAUUAGUGUAAAUAGUAUUAGCAAUGUCUGCAGCAGCAGCAGCAGUAGUAGUAACGGCAGUAAGGAAGAAUCUCAGCCACCCUCUGAAGGAGGGUCACCGAGCCGGGAAGAUAACGCGACAUCUUCUGAUCCGAGCGAUCGAACGCGAUCGUCACCUGCCGAAAACGUCGCACCGGAGGUAGUAUCGAAUGCUGUGAUAGAGAAGGAACAACCGCGAAUGGACGGUGAUCCAGAUCCGGUUGGGGUUGUGAUAGCACGGAAGCAGGAAGAUAAAAGCGAGCUGCAGCAAUGCAAGUCAUCGCCGUCGACGGUGCAAUCGAAUGCAAUGCAGCAGAGUGAGCGCAACGAGAAAGUACCGAGUGAAAGCGCCGCAUCCAAGCGAGAGGAAGAACACAUAGAGCGAUCAAGCGCACCGGCGGAAGAUACGAGGCAAAAGGAGGAUGCUAAGGCAACAGAAUGUCCGGUCGCAAGUAGCACGAAUCAGGGGAAUACUCACGCAACAGAGGAGAAAGAUAGCAGGGUAAACAUGACUGUGGAUGGGAGAAGCGCCUCGGAAACGGUACCACCGGAUCCUGAUCCGGGACCUCCCGUGCAGGAGUCUGUGAAGGAUGGCAGUGUCGACAAAUCGUGUCCAAAUAGUCUUGGGUUGGAUGAAACGGCGAAUGGUGGUGUCUCGGUAGAGCAACAUCAGACCUCCAAGCUGGGGACAUCUCAAAGUUCGGUGGUUCUCGAAUCCCGGUGUGAGGAUGAGAACGGCAACGAUAGUGAUCCUAAAACGAUGUGUAACCUCAACAACGCAGCAGGUCGGGUUGACUUCCAUCAACAACAACCACCGCCACCGGUUUCGGCAAGGAACCCGCUUCAGUUCACCGAGGUUGCGAACGAUGAGGUCGAGCUGAAGGUCGAUGGAGGUCACCUACUCGAUCGCGUUAUAAAGCUGUCGCUGUUGAAAGGUUUACAGGAUAGCGGGAAACGUUUGGCCAAGAGUAGUCUGAUCAUAUCCGGCGCUAGUGCCAACUCCGGUGAAGGCGUGAAUGGUGAGGCAACCCUUGCGACGACUUCUUCACUGAGCAAAGCUAAGAGUGCGGCCGCUGGUUUGCGUUUGUUAGAGGAACACAAAACCACACCACCGGCGCUGGUGGCAAAUGGGUUGGUAGCAUCGGGUAGUAGCAGUAACGAUGGUGUCCAAGAACCGGUUGCUGUUAAGGAGCUUGCUAGCAGCACUAAGGAGCUGGCGGAUGCGUCACAAUCUCACACCCAGAAAGGAGGAAGGAUACGGCACUCGAGUGAUACGACCGUCAGUAGUAGCCCUUCCGGGGAGCUCGAUGGAGAAAUACGCAGCAGCAGCAACAGCUCGUUGGACUUCCGAGAAGAAGAAGCUAGACCUGCGGAGAUUCCCGAGGAUUCAACGGUGCCGUCCAGUUUGGAGGCAACCUCUAGCAGAGGAGGUCCUGCAACUCACGAGCCUUCGGGUAGUAACGAACAUCUCCCGAUGAAAGCGCGCAAACCGCAGUACUACGCUAGUAUUCCAGACUUCUCGAAGCAACAGUUUAGAUCAUCCACUGGCGGAUCUACUACGCCGACCUCGACAACGGCGACGUCGAAGAGUCUUGCUCAGCUGCACAUGAAAACGCCCGACUUCAGCCGUUUGGUGUCUGGUUCCUCGCCAUCCUCCCAAACUUCGCCGUCUUCCACGACGACGACUUCUUCCACCAUGGCGACCACAAACAUGCGCACUACGAGUGAGCUAAAAAUCUCGAAUCCAGACUUCACGAAAGGGUUCGCUUCGCAGCAACCGCACUAUGGUUCGUCAGCACCUGGCAGUUAUCCGUCACCUCACGACGCCGGUCAGCAUGCUGGUCCUGGUAGUACGUCACCGUACGUGUCUCAGGACACGUUCAGCAAGCUCAUCAAGGAGCGGAAUUACAUCGCGGAUCUGCAGCUAAAGAACCCAGCACCUGUGUCGCAUCACAGUUCCUCACGGGAUGGUUCUUCUCCCGGGGAUACAACGGGGUCUUCUAACAGCGAUUACCCAGGGUCGUCCCCACGAGUGGCCACAGUGGACACAACCUCUUCGGGGAGCGCCGGAGUCCCGUACGGAAAUGUUCCUACGAACAAUCUCUACCACCGACCAGCGGGAGGAUCUAUGAUGGAGCAACCAAUGGAGCUGGAACCGACAGCGCACGUGAUACACAAAAAUGCAGGAGGUCCUGCUGGUCCUUCUGCGCCAUCCUCGCUGCAGCCUGCAGGUGUUCAUCACGCACCGAAAACGUGGAAUCCUCCCGAGUUCAGCAGCAAGCACUUCACACAAUCCGCUCAUCCGAGCCAUCGAACAAACGCGCUUCCAAACGGUGCUGGACCAUCAUCAACUUCCCCAUCGUCUCGUGAUCCGUCACCAGCGCCUUCCUCAUCAUCCUCGCCACAUCAUGGCUACGGACCUCUGGCAGGUUCCUCAGCAGCUCACGGAGGUAAAGCUCCACACCCGGGAUCAACGCCAGUGCCCGGUUCGGAACGGAUCGUCGUGAACAACGUGCGGACGUACUAUCCAGAAGCGGCCGUUCCUUCUCCAGUACCACCGGGAUCAACAAGCGGAUCCCAUUCGUCGGUAUAUCCCUCACUACCGAAGGUGAAGGAUCCCGAGUUCCGGUUAGACCACAACAAGGAACAGCUACUUCUGCAAGAGGGCACGAUCGUGACGGUGAAGCAAUCGAAUCUCUCCUCGGGUGUGCCUUUUUCGGGACCACCAGGACGUGGUCAAAUGCCACCACAAACGACCGCUCGAUCUUCCUCCACGGAGCGGCGUGAGGCUCAGAUGCUGCAAAACUCGCAGGACAUCGUGUACCGUGACUUCAGGCAGCAUAAGAAACCAAGCCCACCGGCAGGAGGCCCUGGAGGUCCCCGACCAUCACCAGGACACUCGGUUGGAAGUCCUGUUGAUCGUAGGUCACCGUACGAUCCUUCCCCGUACUACCCGCAAUCGAUGCACCAUCAUCGCCCUGGACCACCAGUUGUUCCGGCGCAAGGUGGGAACAUUGGUCUUAUGCAUCCACCUCCAUCGAACUGGCCGAGUCCAGGUCAUACUCCUCCCAACCCAGCGCAACGUCCAAUGGGACCAAACACAGCCCACAGCAGCCCACCGGGAAAUGGAGCGAGUCCCGUUUCAUCACCAGCACCUUCAGCGGUUCCGAUGGCGCAACAUCACUACCCUCACCAGCACCACGCUCAAGGACCGUACAAAAACUCACCCAGUCCGGUGUCGGGUUCGACGUACGGUUCAAGUUCUUCCCCAGGUCAACCGCAAGGAGCAGCAGGAAAAUAUCCCUCGCCACAGGUUUACCCAGGGGGGCCUGCACCUGGCAGCGAAAGAAGACGCGAUGCGACACCUGAUCGAGGCGUUGGCUCGGGGUAUUACAAAGGGUUGGAUUACAACAUGGAGCAGAAGUUCGCAGAGGUGUACCAGGCACAUCACGCGAAGGAAAAGCAAGCAGCAGAAGCUGCUUCCAGCUCGGGAAGACAACAUCGUCCGUCAGCUCCCGGACCCGGUGGUGGAAGUUCCGGCUUCGUUUCGACGCCAAACGUCCAAGGGAAGGGUGGUCCAGGACCGUAUGGUGUGGGAGGUUACGACCAGCAGUACCAUCCGUACUAUCAACAACAACCGCAAGCAACACCUUCCCCAACAUCGACACCAUCGCCAGUGCCUUCGCCACACCACAGCAGAAAGUACAGUGGACCUCCUUCGAGGGAUCCUUCUCCGCUAGGUCAGCAACCACCGCAGCAGUUGUAUCGGUACGGUUCCAGUGACGCAUUGUACCACGUUCCAUCACCUGGUGGACCUGCGUACAUGCACACGCCACCUCCAAAACCUUCGGAACAUGGAGGCAACGCAACACCACAGGUUCCGGCAGCACCGUACUAUCCCCGGCAAGCUUCUCCGUCGACGUUAGGCUACCCGAUCGGUACCAGUGGCCCAGGAUAUCCUAGUAGACCUCAUCAUCCCGGUGCGAUCGUUCAUCCGAAUCACCACAACCCGGUUGGGGCGCAGUCUGUGAUAGGUGGUGGUGUGUAUGAUCGAAACAUACAUCCUUAUGCCACCGGAGGUCCUGGUCAACCUGCACCAGGAGCAAACCAACAGUCUCGUGCUUCAAAACCACCCUCUGGACCUGCUGCUGGACCGGAUCAAUCGGUGGCAAUGCAUCCACCGCAGCCGGGAAGCAAAAACAUUCCUGUUCGGGUCAUCGCAACGGCUCCACCAGCGGCCGUUCCUGUCGUUCAACCGUCCGUUGUCGGUGGUGCUUUGGGACCAUCCCCACGGCCCGUAGGGCAAUCAUCCUCUUCAACGGCAACACCGGCUCAACCAGCGAGUACCGGAACGAUGGCAGAAGCCAGCAGUGGCCACGGACGUGAUGGUAAUGCAACUACGGCUGGUACUACGGCGGUUAUUAUCGCACCCGUGAAACGCGAAUCACCGCUUGAUCUGUCGGUGAAAACCGUCAAAACGAAAGCCGACUCGACGGGAUGCGAUGACUAUGGUGCUGGUUCGUUGGGUGCUGGCCACAGCAGCAGCAUCAGCAGCAGUAGCAACAGCAGCAGUAGUAGCAGCGGUAGUGGAGCUGGCACGAACGCUCGUGCCCGUGAAAUGGUACCGAAGGUGGACUUUAGUCCGAACUUUCAGAAGCACAUUCCUGCGAUUCCUCACUCGAGGGGAAGUUCCGGCCCGGUUGCCCCACCAGGUGGUGGUCCACCGAGACCUCCGGAACCGCACCAUCAACAUCACCAGGCGCCUGCGAUGACACGCCACGUGUCCGUGAUUAGUCCCGCAAUUCCGCCGGGAUACGAUAAGAAAACGGACGCGUACAUGUCCGCUAACUAUCGCGCCGUUGGUGGACCGAUGGUUUCUUCCGCCUAUCAGUACGCCGCGGCGGGUUCUGCACCAUCAGGUCCACCUGGAUCCGGGUAUGACACUCCGGCAGCACCAACACCGACGUCUUCAUCCUUAACGGCAGCAUCGUCGGCGAGCAGCAAAAGCGUUUACUAUCCCCCGAUGGGUGCGGAGUACGCCCGUAAAGCCAGCGGGACUGGAAGUAUCGUGACGGGACAAGCCAGCGCUGGAUCGGCGGUUGUAAACGCACGGCCUACUCAACCCGCUGGACACUCAUCUGCUCCACCGGUUAGCGGUGGUUCGCAACCCCGUCAAGAUGAUCCUCGAAUCGAAGAUCGCAAGUUCGUCGAGAGUAUGCUGAAGAAGCAAACCUCACCAUCGUCCGAUGUGAUGGCCGACUUGCAGGCUGGGAAGUUUCCCACCCGUUUGCCGCAAGGGCUGGUUCCGAAAAAACGAGCCGCCGCAGCAGCAGCUGCUGCAGCAGCCGCAGCCGAAGCGGCUCUAUCGAAACCGGCAGGUCCUGGAAUGCCACCUGUGGCAGGUGUUCCUUCCGCAGCGAAAGUGGCCAAGUAUGAAGAUCAUCCACCAAGUGGUCACGUUCUUCCAGGACAUCCUCAAAACAACCCACAAGGACCUUCUCCAGGAGGCGAAGAACGCUACCCAAAUCAUUCCACUGGAGCACCUCCGGAGGGUGGCUAUCCGCAUUAUGGACCUGUUCCUCCUGUGAACACCCUAGGACACAGCUACACACCACCCAACAAGUGUCCUCCGGUGCCUGAAAUUGCCAAAGGUCCGACGGUGCAUCCAUCCGUCAUCACAACCAACUAUCACCAUCAUCCACCAGCGGCCAUGCAGCAGCAACAACACCAGCAACACUUUGCUCCGGAGACGCACUAUUAUCAACCUCCAGCGGCAGGUCAGGCAAAACCACCACCAUCCCGUGAGGAACCCAUCGUGCCGGUGUACCAUCAACCGCACUUACGCGGUGGAAAUGCUACCGUUUAUUCCGCGCAUACGUACGGAUUCCCGAAGGUAGAACCACAUUCCGCUCAUCCGCAGGUUGCUCCGUACGCGCAACAUCACCCUGGUGGACCACCACCACCGUCACCGUUUCACUAUGGUGGAGGAGUUGUCGAUCCUAUGAAGUCAUCCGCGGAGAAGUCAUCCGUCUAUCAGAUGCAGUCGCACAUUCACUACACCGGUGCUGGUGCCCCGGGUGGUGCUCCAAGGAUUGGUGUGCCUCUUUACCAUCAUCAAGCGCACCUUCAGCAGCAACAUUCGGCGCAACACCUGCACCAUUCAUCGCCUUUGCCACACGCAACGGAACCGAUGCCAACCACCGCCCAGUAUCCGCCGGCCCAGCAGCAACACCACCGGGGAGCUGAUCAGUCGGUGAUCUCGAAGCUGCGUUCUAGCCUUGAGCUGAAGGAGUACGAGAAGCAGCGCAUCAGUCAGCUCCGUAAACAACCACCACCGGAGGUUGCCGCCGACGAGGAUCACUCGCCAAAAGGCGCCCAAGCAAGCGUUGGUGCUGGUGCGGUCAACUUUGGAACCGCCAGGGAAGCGCACGAUACACCCUCAUCGUCGUCGCGUUUUCGCACCAAAGGCGAACUGAAGGGCUACACCCCACUUCCGGUGUCGAGUGUCACCGAGUCGCCAGCCCCAAUGGCGCUGAAGAAGGAAGACCCGAAAGAGGACCACCAGCAACCGGAUGCGGACACGGAAAAACCGAUCAUUCCACCGGCGGAUCUUGAGGUUGCGGCACCACUCGACAUCCUGGAUUGGGGUAGCGCUUGCAACGAGUUCGUGGAACAGCUGCAGACGGGCAAAAAGCGUGGUCGACGGAAACGGCCGAUGGUACUACCGGCGGUUGGAACACCAGUGGGAGGUCGCACAAACACCACCACUUGGAACGCGGCAGACACCAACAAGGAACCCGCUUCAGCGUUCGCUGAAGACUCAACGGAUCUUUCAGCGAUCCCGAAAGAAGUGCUUAAUUCCGCUCGAUCACCGCAUCGCGCCAAAACCCAACCUCCGGGUGUUGCGAGUGGCAGUGAGAGCUCGAGUGAUGAAGACAAACCACUGUUGCUGCUUCGUCAGCAAUCCCAGCAACAGCAGCAGCAGCAACAGCAACAGCAACAUCAGCAACAAGACCCACGCCAAGUGGACGAUCAAAUCAGUCGCUUGCUGCAGCAGGAGAAGGUCGCUCGCAAGAAGCAACGGUUCGAGCUGGAGCAGAAACACGAAGCGAAACUUGGUCGCUCGAGCAGUACGGAUAGUGAGACGGCCCGGGUUGCAUCGGCGGCUGCCCAGCGCGCUAAAGCCCGUGUCCGCAAGCUACGCCAUCGUUCGAGCGUCGUUCCGAUGCGAUCAAAUCUCAAAUCAUCCGAUGGUGACGGUGACGUAACGGCUGAGGACGAACCGGAGGACGGCAAGGGGCAACCAUCGGGUGGCCGGAAACGAUCGCCACUUCCGUUUGUGGCCAGCGCAAAACGCAAGCGUACACGUGCGCCGGGUUCGCGGUCACCUUCGAGUUCGUCCUCGUCCUCGUCGGAAGGGCGAGUUGUGAAGAAACCGGAGGGUGAAAAGCCCCGGAAACGGGGACGACCGAAGGGUACGGGUGUGGGGGGGAGUAAGCGCGGUCAGCAACCGACGAGUACGCGGUGCCAAACGGCCAGCAUCAAGCAGGAACCGAAUGAGAACACCGACCUCAGCUCGGAUGAGGAAUCACGUGCGUUAAGGACACCUCAGAAGGAAGCGAGAACUGGUGGCGCCGCUGGCAGGACAAGCGCGGACACGAUGAAGAAACGUGAAGCCGGUGGUGGAGGUGGAACGUCCGCUGGUGGGAAUGGUGGGUCAGGUGGAAAAGCUCAGCAGGGAAAACCUUCGGAAGAUGGUGCCACGCUGUAUAACGGUGUCCAGCAGCGGGAAAAGAACGGCUGUUUUGGUGCGAAAGUGCGAAAGCACGUUCGAAAGCAACCGCCACAGGUGGGUGCGCGUACGAAGGCACACUCCGUCGCAUCGGGAACAUCCGGUUCUUCAUCAUCCGCGGCCUCAUCAUCCUCAUCCUCCUCGGAGGAAGCGGAAGAAGACCGCGAAACGAUGACACGAUCACGCAGCAAACGGGAAGCCGAACGGCGCCGUUCGAACAGCAAAGUCCUGCGGAACGAUAAGAUUGUGGAAAACUGCCCGAACCCGGUCCCAAGCCAACGGCAGGCUCGGGCCCGGGCUGAUAGCGAGCGGACACCAACGAAAAAGAGUGGCAAAACGCGAAAACCAUCGGUCAGUGAGCAACCACCGACGUCGGCGACUAAACGCGCUAAAUCCCGACCGGCGGAAUCUGACUCGGAUGUUACGAAAGCAGGCGGUGGAAAUGGAACGUCCCGGAAACGGACACGGCAGGCGUCAAAAAACGCACUAAACUCGUCCGCCGGUUCGGCGGACUCGGGCGAUAGUUCGAGUGACGACGGUGGUCGUGGGGAGGUUUCCGAUCGGUUGCGAUCCCGAAAGGUCGCUAAGAAGUCAUCGGAACCCGCGAACCGGAAGCAAUCUGCUACAACAUCCAGCGCCACGAAAACCGGAUCACGGCGGGAAAGCACGACCUCGGCCAAAGGAACCGACGGGGGUGGUGGUUCUGGUAGAAAGAAGGCCAUCAACACCGGCGGCAACACCAGUGGUGUGUUGCACACAGUCCGGAAGUCCUUGAAAGAGCUCAACCAGUCGACGGAAGCUGGUCCGUCGGGAGAUCCGGCGGAUCACUUUUAUCCCGGAUGGGAAAAGGAGCUGUACGAGUACAAGCGCUCACUGAAGGUACCUCCGGAGUUGAUCACGAUCGACGGUGGGUUGUAUAUGCACCGGAUAUCGACCUCCUUGCCGGAUCUAGACUCACCGCACCACAGCGACGGUUCGGAGACGUUCUCCGAGAUCGUGAAGAAGCUGAACCAACGUGAUGCCGUUACGGCGAUGUCGCUGAAACGCCCUAAAACGAAAGCAGCCGCCAAGCAGCAGCAACAUUCCGUCCCAGCAGCAGGAGGAUCCUCCACGGCGACCGCAGGGAAGGUGAAGGAAGAGGAACACAACCGGCAGGAGCGCAAGAAGCUUGACGAUAACGCAAAGUUUAGCUCCAUCAUCGAACUGCUGCAUCGCCGGUGUAUCGCUGCGCAGGCUGCCAAACCAUCCUCAUCCGGAACGGGUCGUGGAAAGGGUUCAUCCAAGGGUUCCGGAACCAAAUCGGGUGCCAACAACACCUGCAACAGCAGCACCGAGGCUAGUGCGAAGCAGAAGCAGGAGUACGAACUGUUGCCAACACCGGGUGCUGAGUCGGAGUCGCUGUUUAGCAAGAAUAGCAAGAAAAAGAAGUCUCUCUUUGAUACGGCCAUCCUGAAGUCACGCACACGCACCGAACAGAAGGCGAUGCAGAGCAAGGAGAUGAUCCGGGAGGUGUUUGGUGGGGAUGGUGAGCGGCCUCAGUCGGCGCCUCCACUUGGGUGUGUCCAAGAACCGAAACCUGAUCCGGAGCUGUUCGAAGAAGGCUUGCAGAACGUGACGUACGACGAGAAGUAUAACGAGCUGAUGCGGAAUGUCGAUCGGAUCGUCGGUGAGCUCGAUGGUGGUGCUGUCUCAGGAGCAGCAGUUGCCGUGAAACAGGAACCUCCCGAGGAGGAAGACGAAGACGACGAGGAGGACGAUGACGGAGCGGAAGAUGAUGAGGAUGAUGACGAAACGCAGGACAGCAGCGUGCGGUUGAAGGAUUCCGAACGUGACACACCUUCGGUUGCGUCGGAGCGAGGCGGUGAUCGUGAUCUCACCGGAACACCGAUGUCCUUCAAUGGUGCGGCAUCAUCGAUCGGAAAACCCUCGUCGGUGGUCACCACCACUACUGUAGGUGAUGUGGCGGUUGUGGCACCGGUGACGGUGAAAAAGCGUGGUCGUGGACAUCGUACAUCACGCCGGAAGGGCAGUUCGGGGUUUGACUACAUCCGGAAGAAGAAAAAACCGUCCCAACAGCACCACAACGGGCAGGGUGGCCAACAGCAGCAGCAUGGUGCAUCGACGGCUGUGAAUGGGGUGGCCGGAGCAAUCGGGAUGCGAAAGGUGACCGCUUACGAGAACCUCGAGGGUAAGGACGAAACGCACAUCAACAAGGAGAUCCGCAGCUGGGUGUUGAACAAGGGCGUCGGUGAGAGUCUGCUGCAUAAGGCAGCUCGGCUCGGUUACACGGACGUUAUCGUGUACUGCCUGGAACGCUUGGACAUGGAUCCGGACCUGAAGGACAAUGCCGGAUACACGCCACUACACGAAGCAUGCGCUAAAGGACAUCUAGAUAUUGCGAACUACCUGCUGCAGUAUGGUGCCAGCCACUCGGAACCAGCCGUUUCCGGGAUGCGACCGCUCCACGAGGCGGUUGAGAACUCGUUCAUCGAGAUCGUACGGUUGCUGCUGGCGUUUGGCGCCGAUCCGAUGUUGGCCACGUAUGCUGGGUUCACACCGAUGCAGCUUUCUGAAAGCGACGACAUGACGAUGUUCCUGAAGCACCAUCUCAGUGAUGUGCAGAGUUUGGCCCCGAACAAGACGGGCUGGAAGUUUGACGGGCCCUGGAAGAUUCAUGAUCCAGAGGAAAGCGGCUGCAAUGUGUUUCUGCACAUUCCAGGGUUUUCCAGCGAGGACACCAAUGGCGGAGGCUUUGCGUCUCUCAAUAGCAGUGGCACCAGCACCGGCGGUACAGUGUCGUCUGCUUCAAGCAAGCGUUGUGACUCGAACUCCAACAUUAUGCACUACGAGGUGGAUGGCGGUGGUAGCACCAACAACGUACCGCCGAGUGAACCGCCACCGGAUGAUGCGGAUUCUGUCCGGAAGCGAAAUGGCCUAUCGGAGGACAAACCAGCGGCUAGUUUGCGAAAUGGGAAAGUAAAACGGGAACCUGUUAAGCCGAAUGAGCACGUGACGAUGAACGGAACGACUGCGAGUCGGACGAAACUGACCAACGGAGACGACGGUGAUCAGAAGCCUGAUCAAGAGCAGCUCGAAACAGCGGAACCCGAUGACGAUGGUGAGAUGAUCUUCGAGUACGAGGAGGCGGACCGUCCACUGCCGCCACUGUACGUGCUGAAGGACGAAUACAACGAGCGCUGGAUGCUGAUGAGCGAUUUGUGCAACUUUCUCAAGUUCAAAUCGAAAGAGGCCGUACUUAAACAGAUCUGCCCGAACAACUCACCCAACAGCCAGCGCGAACUGAUACGGGAGAUGAAGAUCGAGGAGUUUCUGGCACGGGCCAACUGUCUGCAGCUGCUGUGCGCCGGCGAGAAGCUCAACAUUCACGCCUCGAAAGUCGUGCUGGUGAAGUACAACGACAGCGUCAAGAACCUGCUGCAGGUUCAGAGCGUUAUGACGCGCAUCUAA